AUGAAUCUGGAGCUGCUUGGUCUCUGGAGCCGCCCAUCGUACUGCAUGCCGCCUCGCCAUCAUGUCCCCGAGCCAAUGCACAAUCCGUUCGUGCAGAUCGCUUCGCUGUCGUCAUGCUUGCGAGAUCCACCAGCCCUGCCUAGCGACCAAAUCAUCCUGCUCCUCUCCCUGCCCUCGCCAAAGGGUGGAAAUACAUUCAGCACCGCCUAUCUGUCCUCGCUGCCGGUUGCCGCCUCCGAGCUAAUAUCCUCCGUGCGUCUUCCAGACCCAUUCACCCAAGACUUUCCCGAGAUCAUCGAGGACCGGCUCGUGGACGAGUAUGUGACCGUCUGUAAAUUCAACAAGCGAGGAAAUCUGCUGGCGACCGGAAGGGCCGACGGCCGCUGCAACGUUUGGGACUUUGAGACCCGAGGGAUUGCCCGGUCGCUGCGAGGACAUGUUCUCGGCAUCACAACGCUCAGCUGGUCCAGAGACGGAAGCCACAUCUUGACAGGCUCAAGGGACUGGAACUGCAUACUCUGGGACUUGGCCAAGGGGACUCGCAAGCAGACCGUCCGGUUCACCUCGCCUGUCGUGAGCGCACGGAUGCAUCCGAGUGAACGUCAUAUCUUUGCGGCAUGUUUGCAGGGAGCCCUCCCGGUGCUGGUGCGAAUGUCGGAUGAUCCAUCGCAGGAGGCCGAGAUCGUUCCUCUGCUGCAAGACUUGAACGAGCACACCACCAACGCAAGCAUCGACGGUGUCAGCUACAGCGCCAUCAGCUUCGACUAUGACGGCAACUUUAUCUACAUCGGGACGUCCAAAGGUGCCAUUAUCAUUGUCCGAACCGAGUCUGCAAAGGCAAGCGGAGCAGCGAUCAAGAAUUUCCACUUUAGCCGAAAGAGCAGGGACCUGGUUGUCAAUGCCAACGACCGCAUCAUCCGCGUGUUUUCGAUACUGUCGUCGUCAGAGCAGCCGCACAUGGAGCCCGGGUACAAGUUCCUGGACUCGGUUGAUCGUAACCAAUGGAUCCAGUGCGGCUUCAGUUCCAAUGGAGAAUACGUCAUCGCAGGAUCGAGCGGUAAACACAUCCACAAGAUCUACAUCUGGGACAAGGAAAGUGGCAAUCUUGUCAAGAUCCUAGAGGGACCAAAGGAGGGUCUCCUUGACUUUGCGUACCAUCCUGUUCGUCCAAUGAUGGCAACGCUCUCGGGCUUUGGUGUUGUAUACAUAUGGUCGAUUCGGUAUCCUGAGAACUGGUCGGCCUUUGCGCCAGAUUUCAAGGAGCUGGAAGAAGACACAGAGUACAUCGAGCGGGAGAACGAGUUUGACGAUAUACCCGAGGACCAGGACCGACCCAAGAACAAGGACGAGACAACCGAAUUCGUCGAUGUCGAAACGAUUGUCCCUGUCGCGGCGCUGAGUGACGAUGAGGAUGGAGUAACUGUGUUUCAUCCUCCGAUGCUGCAUGAGGAGCACGACGGACAUGGACGACCAGCCCCAAAAGCGUAG